AUGGAGGAUCAACUAACAACUCUAACAUCAACAGCACAAGAAGAACCAUUAUGUAAAGGAAUUUUAAGAGCAAUUAGCUCUUUAACGCCAAUUUCUGAAGAGCAACAUCAAAAAUUAGAAGGACAAUAUCUCUUUCCAAUUCAAAAUAUUAAUAUCAAUUUAAGUAUUUUACAAAAAAUUAAUUUAGAAACAAAUAAAAAUAUAGUAAUAGAUAUUGAUGAUACUGAAAUUGUUGAAGAAGUUACAAAAUCAACAAGAAAG